AUGUCGCUCGUUCUCCUACCCACAGAACUCCUUCUCAUGAUUGAGAGCCACCUGCAUUUCAGAAGCGACCUCAAUGCCUUUAUUCGUAUCUGCCCACGAUUUAACCUCAUUUUCGAAGACAAACUCUACCAGGACUGUCCACCACACAUGCGCGACUGGAUUAUCCUAUGGGCAGCCCAGAAAGGCCUUCAUGGCACCAUACGCAAGUGCCUCAGAGCCGGCUCCAAGAUUUUACGACGAGACAGAUUCAAGUCUCAUUUGAGAGAUCGCGAUGCCCCCGAGGCUUUGAACGUCAUCCCACGGAACCCCAAACCACACCCUUUGACUGUAGCAGCCGAAGCUGGCUCGCUGCCUUGCGUCAAACUUCUCCUCAAAAAGGGCGUCAAUGCCAACUUCUUGGACGAACACUACGAAACCCCGAUGAGACAGGCCGCCGGAAAUGGCCAUGUGGACAUUGUUCAGCUGUUGCUUAACUGGGAUCCUAAGGCAUUCACCGGUGCUUACAAGCUACGACGACCUCUGAAGUAUGCUGCGGCUCGUGGCCAAUUACCUGCAAUCAAAGCUCUGUUCGCUUUCCUUAAGGAGGCCCCUCGAAUCCUCACUGCCAAAGACGCUGCACAGAUCAUCCUGUACGAGGGACUCUGGCACUGCGAAGAAAGUGUUGUCAGAUAUGCACUCGAAAACGGUGCUGAUGUGAAUGACGAAGAUCCACAGUUUGUGUUCCGGUUUGCUCCUGACCUCCGUCCAGAGGAGUACCCCUUGAGACCCCGAAUCAAGCUGGUCCAGUCAUACAAGAUGGGAGUCGCCAUUGGAGGAGUCCUCACUCCUGGCUGGUCAACCCCGACACCAAAUGUACUCCACGCUGCAAUGAUCGGUGAUGAUCCGAGCCUGAUUGAGUUGGUCCUUGACCAAGGAUUUGAUAUUGCUGCUCAUUCUGGGCCUGUCCUGCGAUACGCCAUCUAUCGGAGAGACGCCACAGUCAUCUCUAAGUUGAUGAAAUUGGGGGUUACCGUGACCGCCACAAUGCUUUAUGACGCGAUUUGUGAGCGAGAUGAUGAGCAUUGCAAGGAGUUCAUAGAGAGGAUUGUAGAGGGAAUUCGGGAAGAACUCAAACUCCGCCGCACUUGA